CGCGCGACUCCACUACUACAUCCGGGACAUUCAGCAGUUUCACAUGUCAGUUGGUUCAGCUGUCCAGACUUUCCUACAUGUGAAGAAGCUACUCUGGUUUUAACCACGUCUUCCUUUCGAGAGAAGAGAUGGCGCUGAUGGGAAUUCAGCUGGUGGUCAGCUUGCUGGCUGCCAGCAUCAUGCAGAGGAUGGCUCCACAUUGCUCAUUUGCACGCUGGCUCCUCUGCAAUGGAAGUCUGUUCCGGUUCAAACACCCGUCAGAAGGAGAGCUGUGUGCACUGGCUGGGAAGCAGAUGCCCAAACAGACCAGGAGAGACAGGAGACAGAAUGGAGAGUCCAAGCCUCUCACUGUGCCCAAAGACAUCGACCUUCACCUGGAAAAAGCUCCAGUCAACACCAUUGACGCUCUGGUGCUGCGUUUCUUCCUGGAGUACCAGUGGCUGAUAGAUUUUGCAGUCUAUGCAACGGGUGUCUUUCUCUUCACUGAGUGCUACUACAGUGUUGUAGAUGCCAGCAAAGAGGUCAACAUCGGAGCCAUCUGGUGUGUCUUGACAGUUCUCUUCAGUCUAAAGACCCUUCACACUCUGAUGAGCCACUACUUCCGCUCUGAAGAGGGCGGCGAGCGCUCUGUGUGCCUUGCCUUCGGCUUCCUGUCUCUGCUCGUAGCCAUGCUGGUGCUGGUGGUCAGAGAGGACUACCUGGAGUUUGGCCUGGAGUCGGGCUUUUCCAGCCUCUUUGACAACUUGGAAAUCUUUGCCAAACAACAGGGCUACGCCGACUGGUCAAUCCCAGUGACCAAGCUGACCGUGAAGCUCGGUCUGGCUGCUAUCUGUGCUUACAUUGGUGCCCUCCUGGCCUUCCCUGGACUGCGACUGGCUCAGACUCAUCUAGACGCUGUACAGAUGAACUCAGAUCGCCCCCUCAUUCAGAUUCUGCUGCACAUGAGCUUCCUGUCUCCAGUCAUUGUGUUGGUUCUGUGGGUGAAACCCAUUGCAAGGGACUUCCUGGCCAAUGCACCCAUGGGGAAGACUUCUGUCACAAUAGUCUCCAGUGAAACAUUUGACAGCAUGCGUCUGUGGAUCAUCGUGGUGUUGUGUGUGCUGCGGCUAGCACUGACUCGUUACCACCUGCAGGCCUACCUCAACCUGGCUCAGAAGUGGGUGGAGCAGAUGAAGAAGGAGGCGGGACGUAUCGCUGCCAUUGACAUCCAGAGGAAGGUCACGCGAAUCUUUUGCUACCUGACUGUAAUUACUCUCCAGUAUCUGGUUCCUAUUUUUCUUGUCCUCUUCUCCACACUGGCACUCAAGGCACUAGGAGACUUCUCCUGGAGAGCUGGUGCAGAGCAGACCCCUGGGGUGACCCCAGCACUGGUGAUGCCCACAGCAGCACCUGUGCUGCCCGGUGGCCUCGAUGAAGAUGAGGAGGGGGUGGAGGAUAUGGAGGAGGACAUCCAGGCCACAGUUGCGCAUCUGACAGAGGCCUUCACAGCGCUGCGGUCUGUCCUCACUCCGCUGUUCUUCCGAGGUUUCUUCGCCUUCCUGACUUGGUGGGUGGCUGCCUGCCAGGUCAUCAGCUCUCUGUUUGGCAUCUACUUCCACCAGUACCUGAUGCAGAACUAACUGAGUGAGACAGAGUGCUGUGCUGUUCUGCCUGCAAUGCAGCCCCGGCCCCCUCCGUCUGCAGGUAUCCUUUGCAACAGCAUAACAACAUCUGAGGGGACGUUUCAUUAAAACACAACUGCAGAGAGAAUGCACCUUGUUUGUGGCUGUAACAGAAGUUUUGUUGAGAGGAGACAGAUGAUGGACACUGCCUGUCUGUUGCAAUAUCGGCUACUUUGUUGCCCUUAUAGUUUUUGUGACCAGCAGGCUACUGGUAUUUAUAACACAUAUGUACAGAGACAACUGGGGUCUGUAUCACAAAGCAAGUUAGUCUGGCUGUCUUUGGGCGACCUGGUGUCACUUAGUCUAAACAGUUCUUCAUAUCGGUAUCACAACGGUGGCUCAGUUAGCUCUUGGUUUACUCAUCCAGCUGCGGGUGCGUUCAUGUGAAACAGGCAGAGUUUUUAAUUACAGGCAACAUAAAAAAAACUUGAGUGGAGUACUUAAUAUGACACAGAUACCCACAGGGAAAUUAGGUUAGCGUGUUAGCAAAAGGUGAUUUUCAGCAAAGUAGAAUAGGAUCAGAAGCUUUAGAAGUAGGAGGAAUCAUCUCCACAUUUUCCUGGUUUGGCUUAAACAGGAUUCCCUCGGUCAUGGAAUUCCUGGAGAAGUUAUGACGUUAGGAAAACUGUUUUCCAGGCCUGGAAAUGGUUUGUAAUUAACAGAAUGUUAAGGAAAACGUUUUGAAAAAUUCCUAAAACAUGUCUAACGUUAUGUGAAACACGUACCUUGUAAUCUAAUCUAAUUUAAGAUUUAAAACUGCGUAAUGACCCGUAAUGUCACUAGUAUCAUGUGAUACACACAGACCACACCAGCAUCGUGUCAUUGCCAUCGCCACUCACCCUGUCAAACGUGCUGUCACAUAAGGAGUGAAAAUGGAAAAUGCUGAAAAACUUUAGCACUGAUAUUUAAGCCACCUAAGAUAUGUGAAUAUUCACUGUCAGUGUGGUAAAUGACUGAACGAAUGACCGAAACUACUGAUGCAAAGCUAACGAUGCUGCAAUAAUGUUAACAGCCGUGUAGAACAGAAGUCGUCUCAAACUAAAUCUCAGCCUGUAGAUCAAACCAUAUCAAAGAUGGAACGCCAAUAUUCAGCCACUGUGUGGGGUCAUCGAUUCGCUAGGAUAGGGGAAGACCAAGGUUAAAGUAUCAUGUACGCUCAGGUUCAGGCAAGGUCGCAAAACAACGAGGCGAAUGUUUGUUUAACAGGAAAUAAACUCAUACAAACUUGCUAAAGUUUCAAAUUCAAACACGUCAAAUUGGAUUGAUAUCUGUGUUAUCUUCUUGGAGUAAAGUUAGCAAGUGCUAGCAGUUUGCUUAUUCGCAAAUGCCUGAGAAGUGCGUGUUUGAUAAUGUAUAUCUGUAUCUCUGUAUAGGCCCAUCUAUUAUAUUAUUCAAACUUUAAUUAAUCUAUUAUUUCAAAGCUAAACAAACCUUUAGUGCUAUUAUUGGAACUCAACAUAUCCUCAGGCCCCUGGUAGCUUCAUAUUCUUAGACCCCAAAUUUUUCAAAAUGGAGGAGGGGGUGUGACUUUCCAGGAUCUAACUCACUUGAGCAGCUGUGACGAAGGCCUACAUAUUUUAAACUGUGUAAGCUCACCUGGUGGAAAAGGCGCUGCAUGUGCAAAGACUUUGUCCUUGCUGCAGUGGCCACACUUUCACUUCCAACCUGCGUCCAAGUGCUGCAUCCUGUCGUCCCCCGUCUGAACAACUGUCCUGACGAUUAAAGGCAAAAAAGCCCUAAAAAAUAUCUAUAAAGAAGCUGAGCCAGCUUUGUGAUACCAGAGGGGAAAAUCGAGUUAAGCCCAAAGAUAUCCAGCUAACCCACUAAUCUCUGUUUGUGAUACAGGCCCAGCUUCUUCUGCAACUUCUCAGAUGUAUCUAUGCCAGUGUUACCUGAAUUGUUCUUAAUAGAACACCACUGAAUGCUGCAUUUAAGAUGUUUAAUUGGUACCGGGGUAAGUAUUAGUGCUUAAUCCCUGUGUAGAUAAGACGUUUUUAUUUUUGUGAGGGACUCUUUGUCCUUAAGGAACCGAUUCAAGAGUGCUAAAUGGUUUUUGUUAUCUUUUUUCUGCUGUAACGUUUUGAUUGCAAAUGCGUCGUAGAGCUUCUGAUCCAUCCUGUAGAAUUAAACGCAGCUUAACGUAGAAACCAAACUCUGGUUGUGGCUGCGUGUCGGCCAAGAACUGAAGAGCUGUCGCUUUUAUCUAAACCUUCAGUAUUCCUAAGUGCCUGGGAGCUCAGGGGUUUUGAGUCAGUUUUAAAACCUCCUUCCUCCCUGAUAAUAUGUUUUUAGGACGAAUAGAAUCUGUUUUCCUUUUUAUAUUCAAACACUACUUUUAGUUGCAGUGUCUUAAUUAGCUCACAUCCGCUUUAGUUUUGCUGUUUUUAUCGCCAAGUAGUCACGUACCUGUAAGAUUAAUCAGCUUAUUUUGAACCUUGCGUCCGUGGAUUUUAUUUAUUUAUUUAUGAUACAUUGCCUCAAAUAACUUUUGUUAUUUAGAAAUGCUACAGACAAUGUCAAUCUGUACAUUUUAUGAUUUUUUUCGUGUGUUUUUUAGAUAGUGUAUCUGAAUUUAAUGCUCUGAAAUCAUUAUACUGUGAACUUCAUGUUGCUUUGUGAGAUUUUCUGAAUGCAUGGUGUGCAAACUUUUGGCUGUAACCUGAUCGUUUUUGUUUGCGUGGCUCAAUAAAACAUUUAUUAUUUUCAG